AUGCGCCUCCACGAACGCCGAGAGGUUAUUCCUCGCGGAUUCGUCAAGACCGCAGCUGCGCCCGCCAGUCAGAUGCUCAACCUCCGCCUCGCGCUCGUGCAGAGCGAUCCCCAGGGCCUCGAGGACGCACUAUACGCUGUCAGCACCCCAAGCAGUGCGCUGUAUGGUCAGUUCCUGACUAAGGAAGAGGUUGAGGCGUUUGUUGCACCGAAAGAAGAAACCGUUGAACUCGUCACUACCUGGCUUGCCGCACAUGGGCUCACUCCCCGCACAAUUUCGCCUGCGGGCGACUGGCUCGCAGUGGACGUCUCCGUCGCGCAGGCCAACGAACUGUUUGCUGCUGAAUUUGCAACAUUUACCCAUGUAGAUACAGGGAAGGAGGCCGUGCGGACCUUGGAGUAUUCAAUUCCUGCCUCACUGCAGGGGCAUCUGGACCUCGUGCAUCCGACUACCACUUUUCCGACUCAGCUUUCUCGCGCACCACUCGCCUCGAUCCCCAUCCCCAAGGGGAUCAUACCGGCAGUGAACCUGUCCAGCGAUGCGGUCCCUGCGUCAUGCAACACUCUCAUCACCCCCGCGUGCUUGCAGGCCUUGUAUGGCAUCCCGACCACGCUUGCGACGCAGUCAUCCAACAAGCUUGGAGUGAGUGGUUUCAUCGACCAAUUUGCGAACUCCGCGGAUCUCAGGCAAUUCUUGACUGCAUUGCGGCCAGAUUUGUCGCCCUCAACGUCUUUCACACUUCAGACUUUGGAUGGCGGAACCAACACCCAAACUAGAAGCCAAGCUGGUAUCGAGGCAGACCUUGAUACCCAAUACACCAUCGGUGUUGCAUCCGGGGUCCCUACCGUGUUCAUCUCAGUCGGUGACAACACUAAUGACGGUGUCUUCGGUUUUCUGGAUAUCAUCAACUUUUUGCUCAGCGAGACCAGCCCUCCUCAGGUCUUGACUACUAGCUAUGGAGCUGACGAAAGCGAUGUCUCCCGUUCGCUUGCUAAUAAUCUGUGCAACGCCUACGCACAACUUGGUGCCCGUGGGACUUCUAUCUUUUUCUCAUCUGGCGAUGGGGGUGUCUCUGGUGGUCAGAGUCAGAGUUGCACAACCUUCAUUCCCCCAUUCCCAGCCGGUUGUCCGUUCAUCACUACUGUCGGGGCUACCACUGGCGUACCAGAAACAGCUGCCGACUUCUCCUCUGGUGGAUUUUCCAACUACUUUGGCACUCCUUCUUAUCAGACCUCCGCGCACGCCACCUACCUCAAUGCUAUCGGCAGCACCAACAGCGGCAAGUUCAACGCUUCGGGACGCGGGUUCCCUGACGUGUCGGCAAUGGGGGAGAACGUCGAAAUUGUCUGGGAUGCAGAGACAGGGACUGUUGCAGGCACGAGUUGCUCGAGCCCUAUCUUCGCAAGUGUCGUCGCGCUGUUGAACGAUGAGCUAAUCGCCGCGGGGAAGAGUCCGCUUGGCUUCCUGAACCCAUUCUUGUAUUCGACGGGUGCUAGUGCUCUGAAUGACAUCACGACAGGAAACAACCCAGGCUGUAAUACUAACGGAUUUUCUGCAAGAGCUGGAUGGGAUCCAGUCACUGGCCUUGGAACGCCAAACUUUGCUGCGCUUAGAACGGCUGUUGGACUCUGA